UUCAAUAAAAAAAAAGUUCGCAAACCGUCGUUAAAGGGAGUCGUGUUGGUCGUUUGGUUCCGGAAUGCGCAAGAACUUCCGUGAAAAAUUGUGAGCAUAUUUGUACUCCAAGUGCAGUCGAAAGCAAAAACUUCCUUAGUGGUGAUUUGGGUCAGAAAACCAGUACAAGGUAUUUAACCAAAGUGAAGGUUGCCUAGGCAAGUUGAACAAUUUUCUUUCGAGAUUUUUAUCCUUAGGUCGUGCUGCAGUAAAAUGAAUCACAACAACAGCAGCCGCUACACAUCGUUUGCGUUUACCAGCGGCAGCGGUGGUUUGGGUGGCCGAGCCGAGUUGAGUAGCUAUAAUUUGAGUCGCACUCUUAGCAGCCCAAUGGCAGAAUCGACUCACCUUGACACUAGUGGCGCUCGAGGGAAUUUGUACGGUAGUCCAAUUCGACAGCAUCAACAACAGCCGAUGGGAGUGAUUAAACGGAAACCAACGUCUCCGUUGCAGAAUCGGUCUGGUUUCGCCCGGAGCAAUGGGAACUUGACGGCUGUCGCAUCGACUUCCGCAUUGAACCGGAUCGAUCCACUAAUUUACACCGAUGCGCAGAGCCGUGGUUUGGUUACUAGGCUGAUCAAAUAUCACGAUAAAACUCAGUCGCCGUUGAACCGAAGUCAAUCUAUGAAUAACUUGUACACGAAGCCUGGUCAAUUUCCUGUAGUACACCUAAAGAAGACGGAAAUUAAGUACUCCCCUCGGCGAAAUAACUCGGUCACAUCCGUACGGAUUGCUCCUCCGGAGAAAUCGGUUUUUCAGGCCAACACUAGGUCGAAUAUUUUGCGUGCUGGCUCGCUGUUAAUCCCGGCGGAACCGCAUCUGAAAAUGGCACGAACCCAGGGUGGGAAAGAAAUCGACGCGGAAAAUCGGGUGAUUGCUCCAACAGCUGAGCUGGAAACGGCCCCGACCAGGAGUGUACUGGACGCGUUGAAGGAAAUCUCUCGCAAACGAAUUAACAACGAGGAACUGGACGCAGAUCGGAUUAAGAAACAGUGUAAGGAACUGUCGGAGGUUGACUCGGGUGGUGGCAUAGGAGGGGUAGGGACAAAGCGCACCCGCGAACUGGCCGGCUCUGCGUCACCUCCCUCGCAAGGUUCGCUAGAUCAGCAGAAAAAGCGGCUGUGCAGUAAGAAUAACGACAUUUCAAGUUCGCUCAGUUCCAGUCUGGUGAUGAAUACGCCAAAGCGGGCGGCAGAUACGGGACCACCCCGACCGGGAAGGUUAAAUAUUGAUCAGACAUUUUCAACGCCGGCGGCUCCGAAUUUGACCGCUGCUGAAACGAGGGAAACGGUAAAAGUGCCUCCAGUUGAGGUAGCUCCGCUGCCUACAGUGGUUAGCGUUAGAGCAGAAAUGCUUCCACCACCAGCACAGCAGCAGCAAAAACAACCGAAAUUGACUUUGUUUAACAAAAAGUACGAUGAAACCGUGGUUCGUCCAGCUUCUACGGAUAGCGAAGAUCAAGGUGAUGAAGAUGAUGAGCUCGGUACGAGAAUCAGUUUUAUAAAACCAAAAGAUCGAUCACCAAUAUUGAGCAGUGACAAAAUUGCACUUAAAAAAGUUGAAAGAUCUAAAUUGUCGCUGAUAUUGAGUUGCCUGAGCGAUAAUCUGGACAGUGAGAAUGAAGCGUCGUCGCCACCGCAAAAUAUGGUGUUUGCAAAGGACACGGUAGAUGCAGCACCGAAGGUGACUGAAAAGAAACAAGAAGAGGUGGUUGUUCCGAAGUUGUCCGGUAUAUCUGCGUUAAUUAACAGCCCUAUUAAGGACCCUGGUUUAGGAAAAAUAGAACCGAUACUCAAACCAACGGAGACGGUAAAAAGCACUGAAAUCCCGAAACCAGCAGGAGGAUUUACGCUUGGAUCAGCCACUGCUACGCCGGCUGUUGGUUCUCAAGCAGUUUCCAAACCGGUCGAGACAAGUUUUGCAUUUGGAACACCAACCAAAGCCGCGGAAGUUUCGUCUGGAGGAUUUACGUUUGGCACCCCAUCAACGCCUCAAAAGUCGGAUGCCCCUCCGAGUUAUAAUUUCUCAUCUACGGUUAAAGAUUCUACGGAAGUUCCGACCACAUCAAGCACUGCAGUAAGCACUGCGCCACCGGUAAUAUCCAGCAGUAACGCAAAUGCUACCGUGGCCACACCUAAUCUCAUCAGUUUUUCGCCGGCACCGGUCAAGCCUUCUGCUGAAAAACCAGGCUUCACACUCCAGACAACAAACUCCACAAUUACACCAAAUCAGCCUGCAGCAGUUUUCGGCAGCGGAAGUGGUUUCAGUGCAUUCAAACCUCCAAAUCCUUCAGUUGCAUCAGUAUCAGCAGCAGUAACGAAUACAACAACCAGCGAUGCAUUACCAGGUGCUUUUGGUAAUUCAAUUUCAUCCGCAACAUCAACAGCUUCUUCCACUGCGUUUAAAAGUGGGAGCUUUUCAUUCGAGGCUACCCCCUCGAAACCCAGUACAACUAGUGCGAGCGGUUUUUCGUUUGGCGGCAACGCAACUACAAAUCCUCCAACAGCAGCCGUUAUCCCAACUGCAGCCACGACAGUCUCCACGAAUCCGGCCUUUGGCAGUUUCCGAACUACUGCAGCACCAACUGCGAUUACUGCUCCAACCUUCGGUACCUCAGCCACUGCUUCAACAUUCGGUUCAAACCCGUCGGUUCCUACCUUUGGGUCCAACAACGCGUUCGGUAGAUUUGGAGCCAACAAUAGCAGCACUUCCACUUCUACCAGUAACGUAUUUGGUGCCUCUUCCACGACUACAACCGCUAAAACUGGAACCAAGCCGCCUACUUUCGGUCAAUCAUCGCUCGAUUCAAGCUUCUCAUUCAAAGCUAACCCCGUUACGACAACGGUCUCCGUGCAGCCUUCCAACCCUCAGCAAAAUCUAAACAGCUCUUUUUCAUUCGGAGCACCUGGAAAUACCAACACCACCACGACCAAACAGCAACCGAUGAACAUUUUCGGAAGUGCGAUUGCUAACAACACUAACAACAAAAACAAUAGUACUUUUGGUGCCAUCGCUGCUACCAACCCAAUACCAGCAGGCACAUUUGGAGCAGCCAGCAGUGCCUCUUCGGGAGCACCAACAAACCAAUCAACUCCGUUCGGUACUGGGAGCAAUAGCAACAACAGCAGUUCUUCAGUCUUUGGUAGCUCUGCAAGCAGCACGGCUCGAGGAAACGCCACUUUUGGUGCCGCACCGGUGUUUGGAACGGCUUCUGGCUCCGUGGCACCAGCGACAGCACCCAGUACCGUUUUCGGCAAUGCUUCAAAUUCAAACCCCAAUCCAUUUGGGUCGACGGGUAGCAUGUCUCAUACUGCGGCAGGAAUGUUUGGUUCCUCUGUCACCUCACCUGUUAGUAACAACAAUAACAACAGUAAAAAUCAAAUGGCAUCCAGUGGAAGUGCCUUCACCUUCGGGUCUUCAAGUUCAGCCGCCACCCCAGCAGCAGCAGCCCCCCAGAUGGCUUCUAAACCAUUCGCCUUCGGUGGGCCUAAUAAUAACAGCAGCAUAACAAGCCCUGUAGCGGCUGUUGGAAAAUCCAACAGUUUCUCAUUUUUGGCUGGAUCAAACACAGCAGUACAACCUACUGCUCCUUCAACUGGGAGUUCUUCCGCCUUCAGCUUUGGAGCUGCUGCAGCUAAUAACAACACGAGCAAUGCGGCAGCUUCAAACGCGACAUUUGGAAGCGGCACCGGAAACUCCUUUACAUUCUCUUCCAACGCGCCCGGUGCAAACAGUCCCAAUCAAGCAACGGUGAAACCGUUUUCUUUCGGUGGAGCAAGCAACGCCAAUCAAUCAUCAGCAGCAAUUUCGGCACCAGCUUCGGCGGGAGGAAUUUUCGGUAGUGCCACGCCUAUCGCUGCGGUAUCACCAUCGCCGCCGGCGUUUAACUUUUCCGCCGGAAGCAACCAACCGGGUGCGUUCUCGUUCAAUAGUCCAGCGGCCGCCCCGCUUGGCGGUGGUGGUCCCUUCUCGAUACCGAAUGGCACAGCAGCGGCAGCACCAGCACCAAUGUUUAGCAUAGGAACAGGCGGCGGUAAUCAGCUACCACCAAACCGAAGGCCCAUCCGACAAGCAACUCGACGACACAAAUGAGAGGCAGCGAAAGGUCUACCGUCUUGUAUGACAGUGAUUUAGAUGUUAAUAUUUUUUUCUGUUCUGGCUUUUUGUAUCAGUGUAUAAGUAUAUACUUCGUUCAUUAAUUUUGCAUAUUAGGAGCAAGGGUCUAGCAAACAGAAGCUGUUUUUCUAUUGUAAAAACACAACUCAAACCGAACCAACCAAAUUGAUUGGGACGAUAGUGUCGUCGAUAUAGUAAUAAAUUACUCGAACUAUAA